AUGACGAUGAAGGGGGAGGUGGUGCACUGGCUGGCCUGUUGGCUGGAUGCAGCCUGCAGGAAGGGCUCCACUCCCACAGUGGGUAAAGGACUGAUGGAGGGAGGAUCCUUCACUCGUCCAAACUCAGGUCAGACGCUGGCGCCUCUGCAGGACAAUAAUCCACUGUGUAAUCCUUCAAACUACUGGAUCAUGAACUAUGUGUUUGCAAAUUCAGGCUUUGCCAAAAGCUACCUCAGUCUGAUCCAGUUCUUCUCUAAGAUGAGGAGGCGGAUCGCGAGAUGCUGUGAGAUCGCGAGAUUCAGUGAGAGUGACGAAAUUCAACAUGGCGGCUCCCAGCUGCUAGAUGAGAACUUGCUUCACCAGGAGAUAAAAGACCUGAAAGCAAGCCUGGAGUUCACCCACCAGCAGAUCGAGGAUCUGCAGAGGGACAACACCGAACUCCGGUCCACGCUGACAGCGGUCACUUCAGAGGUGUAUGAGUCGUGGCCCCUCCAGUCAGGAAGCAGCAGCGGAGAGCUCUCUGGAUCAGGAGAGGCCCAGGCCGAGGCCCUGUGGUGGGGACACCACCUGCAGGUGGCGCUGGUCAACACGGUGGCCUUCAGGGGCAUCUGGCAGAAGCAGUUUCUGUUCACCAACUCCCAGAACCUGCCCUUCAUCCUGUCUGAUGGGACUCCCAUCAAGGUGCCCAUGAAGUACCAGGCUGCAGAGGUCAGCUUUGGUCAGCUCAGGACGGGAUCGGAUCAGCGCUACACGGUUCUGGAGCUGCCGUUCCUGGGCCGCUCCCUGAGCCUGCAGGUGGUUCUACCCAGCGAGAGGAAGACGCUACUGUCCUCCCUGGAGGCUCAGCUCACACAGCGCCACCUAGCGUCCUGGGACACCGGCCUGCGCAGAACCAGGAUGGACAUCUUCCUCCCAAGAUUCAGAAUGCAGAACAAGUUCAACCUGAGGUCGGUGCUCCCCGCUAUGGGCAUCAGCGACGCCUUCAACCCCACAGCAGCCGACUUCACCGGGAUCUCAGUGGAGGAGGGUCUCUAUGUGUCUGAUGCCUUCCAUGAAGUCAGGAUAGAAGUCACGGAGGACGGGACCAAAGCAGCUGCUGCUACUGCGAUGGUCCUCCUCAAAAGAUCCCGAGCUCCAGUUUUCAAAGCAGAUCGGCCGUUCUUAUUUCUACUGCAACAGGUUCACACAGGUAUUUACUUCACAUCAUACAGAUGUUUUCAAUGUUUUAGUCUAGAAAAGCACCCUAGUCAGGGUAUGCUGUUUGACAUUUUAGUUUUAGUAUGAAAAUAAAUAGAUCUUUGAAUGAGUUGCACUGAUCAGACACUACAGAAAUACUCAGUGGAGCAGACAGGUUUGAGCUGAGCAUCAACAGGUGACCUAUCCUUGAGCUCCUGGAGGGUUUUUGUGAACAGAAGCUUUGGAACACGUGUGUGAAUUACUCCUGUUGGACCUUCUCUCUCAGAAGUUUAAAAAUGAAAUUAAUAAAUAAUCUGUUUCUGUUCUGUGAUUCAUGUUCAGUGGUGAAAUAAAAAAACAUCCAGGAAACUUUUCUACAUUGAUGCAACGUUUCCCAGAGCUUCAUCUGAUGACCUGAAACAGAACUGACCUGCUGAUGGAGGACCUGUUGAAGAACCCUAACUCUGUAACUGAUGAAGAUAAAGAAGAAGGUUUUCCUGUCAGGUGUAAUUGAUGAAGAUGAAGGUUUUCCUGUCAGGUAUAAUUGAUGAAGAUGAAGGUUUUCCUGUCAGGUAUAAUUGAUGAAGAUGAAGGUUUUCCUGUCAGGUGUAAUUGAUGAAGAUGAAGGUUUUCCUGUCAGGUGUAACUGAUGAAGAUGAAGGUUUUCCUGUCAGGUAUAAUUGAUGAAGAUGAAGGUUUUCCUGUCAGGUGUUACUGAUGAAGGUGACGAUGGGGGACGACUGGGGGACCCUGACGGGGUGAGCUGGUGUCUUCAUUUGCACAACUGACUUCCUCUUGGACGUCCCUUAGUUCUGCCCCUAGUUCUGCUGCUACAGGCCUAGGCUGCUGGAGAACCUCUGUGGAUGCACUGAGCCCUUCUCUAUCUAGCAUUAUAUACAAUGGUAUACCAUAAAUAUAUGUUCCAUUAUUGCAUUACACUCACUCUGUUUCUCCCUGUGUCCUUUCUCCGAGUGUCCCUGAUCCCAGAGCUGGAUGCUUCAGAUCUGUGGUGGUUCUCCCACCAACUGGCCUAAUCUCCAUGUGUGGGAUGCUGCUGCUGCUGACCUUCCUCCAGCCCACUGCUUCCAGCUGCCCAUUUCCAUCAAUCUACUCUGCAUCACCCUCACUACACUUGAUUUGCUCGUCUACAUAUUUUUGAAUUUACCACCAGCUAUAUAUGUAGUAUAUUUAAUGCCAGAGCCAUACACCAUAGCAGUAAACUAUAAUCAGUUUCCAGCCCAGAGGGAUAUAUGCACAGAUUUUUUUAAAUACCAUGUAGAAGACUAUAUACAGGAAGAUGAGGUAUCAGUUCUUGCACAUAGAUAUACAACAGUCCUUUAUUACUCCCCAGGUCAGGGGAAAUUUCAAGUGUUAGAGCAGCAAAAAUCUUUCAGAGCAGCACUAACUACAGUUUACUACAGUAAAGAUAAUUAUAAUAACAAUAAUAUAUACAAGAAUGAAAAAUGAAUGAAUACAGUAUUACUACACUAUAAGUGACAUCAGCAUAAAGUGGCUUGUGGAAUACAUGUAAUUGUAAAAGUGCAGAAAAUGCCAGCAGUGCAAGGAGUUGUGGAGAUUUUCUCAAAACAGGUGAGUCCUGUGAAUAUGACCAAAAUAUGAGAUAAAACUACCAGAAACAUGUACAAAAUGACCAAAAUAUGAUUGGUUGAUAAUGUAUCAGUGUUGUUAUUGAUUAUUGAUCGGUUGCAGGGACAGAGAUUUGUGUCUUGAGUCUCUGCUGUCAUCUAAUCUCUCUCAUGUAAGAUCAUGUCACAGGAGGGGGCGCUACUGGCCUCUUGUGGACACAGGCGGUAACGACACGACAUUAUUACUAACGGUAUAGCUGGCGACAUUACAGAUGAGCAGCACUUCCUGUUCAUCUUCAACGUAAAAGCAUCUUUCUUUAUUGUACAUUUUAUGUCAAAAGUAUUACUAAGCGAUUUAGGUCGAUUCAUAAGGAUCUCUGGUGUAAACCAAGUCGUAUUUAACGACAGCUAGCUUCUCCACUUGCUCCAAUUACUUUUGUUGUAGUCUGAGUCACGUCCUAACAGGAAAUGAAUCCACAAUGUAGCUAAUGACAAUCUAUAGCUACAACUGUGAUGGCAGCGUUAGCGAGCUAGCAGCUAAUCAGAAGCUAGUGACAAGCUAACUCCAGCGCUACCAGCAGCGUCUCUUUAAAAGGUGCUGAUCACGAUAUCAGGCUGAAACAUUAGACCUGGGACAGGAAACGGAGCUAGAGCUCUGUGUCUUGGAGAGAAUUGAUUUUAGAACUAUGUGUGUUAGGGUAUUAGUCCGUGUCAUAGCAAACCCUCGUUAGCACUUCCGCUAGCUCGGCUAACACUUCCGGUCACGAAUGCAUUUGUACAUUAGCUAUAACGUGUUUAUUUUUGAACGUAUAGUGACAACAAACACAAUUUGAGGGAGUCUACAAGCUAGUGGUCCUUAAAUAGAUUUUGGUUCAUACUGCAGAUUCUGCAGAGUCUCACAAAACCACGUUUUAGCAUAAACGCAUUACGAUAGUUUUACGUUGAAACAGGAAGUGCUGCUCCUCUGUAAUGUCGCCAGCUUUGCCUCAAAUAAUAAUAAUAAUAAUAAUAAUAAUAAUAAUAAUAAUAAUAGUGUCGUUACCGCCUGUGUCCGCCAGAGAGCAGUAAUGUGUAUAGUAAAGAUAAUUUCACAAGACUUGAAGCCUAAAUAUGCUUAAUUUUCUCUGAUGGAAAGAAAACUAAUGAAUUAUUUCUGUUUUUAACAUUUCUGGCUGAUAAUUGAGUCCUUCUGGUGAUUAUUCUGGUCGUUAUAAGUGUGUAUGUGUGUGAAAUGAGGGCUUUUUAUCACUUCUUUAAAAUUAUUUCUAUUUUAUAUUUCCCACUUUUCUGUGUUUCCUUUAUAAAUGGACAAUAUCCGACCUAAACGUGAGAUUUAUGUUUAAAAUACUAUGAUUUUAGUUUCUGAGCUCAGAUGUGAAAAUGUGUUUUGUUUUUUAUUUAUUUAAAAAAAAAAAUCUACUGUAUGUUUUCCUUUUUUUGAUAUUUUUCAAAUAUAUCAGUAAAAAUUUAUAAAUUUAUAAAGAAUAAUUGGAGAUUGGAGGUUUUUGCAUGGAUGAUUUAUAUGAAAUGUUCUUAUCAGUGUUUGGAGUAUUUGUGAAAUGUUUUAGUAAAAUAUUGGACUGAAACAGAUUUUUAUUUUCAUUUUGAUUCUGAACAGCACAGAAUCUGAAAGUGAAAUGUAAGAGUUUUUUUGUGUGUGUUUUUCUCUUUGUUAGGCCAUAAAACAAGUUUACUCGUGUUGUCGUGGUGUUUUGGGCACUAAAAAUGUUUGUUUUUCCACUGACAAUAAAGAGUCUAAUCUAAUGGAACCUGUUCUCUCUGACUGGAGUUCAGGUUUCGUUGAGUCAGUUUACACUCAGAAAGUCCGAUUUUGUCAAACCUUGUUCCCACAACAACAACAGGAAGCUGCAGAAUUUAUGCAACAAAAGCCUUUUUAAAAAAAAAAUCCUCUUCCAGCUUCUGUUGGUUUUAAUAAAAUGAUCUUUUAGUA